AUGAAAGGACGAUUUCCAUGGCAAAAAGCGUCGAUAAUGUGUAAACCAUAUUGGGAAUGGGAGCAAUGGUUGAAACGGAAAAAUCCGACGUUGCCAAAGCGAUGGUCAACUUUCAGUGAAAAAGCACUGAAACUGAUGAAAAAAACCCUUACACCGCGGGUCAAAGAUCGUUGGACAGCUAAAGAUAUGCGAAAAUGCAUUGCAAAGGAAAAACUAUUGAAACCAGUGAAGACCGAUGAUGACGAUGUUUUCGUGUACGUUCCAAGCGAGUUCGUUCGACACGAGACCCAUCCAAAAGAUGACGGAAAGAAGAAAAGUACACUGCAGCACUGGAUCAGCACCACAUUGACGGCAAUGGCUGAGAUUAGUGAGCAGGUAGUAUCAGCUCGUGAUGACUAG